AUGGGAUUAUUUAAAUUUCUUGUGCGAGUACUCGGUCUUUAUAGGCCUGAAAUGAGGAUACUCAUUAUUGGCCUGGACAACAGUGGCAAAACAACAAUCCUAAAUAAACUGAAGUCGAAAGAAAACAAAAUUUCCCAUGUUGCACCCACAGUUGGAUUCAACGUUGAAAAAAUUGCUGUGGGUUCCUUCAUUUUCCAUUGCUUUGAUAUGUCUGGUCAGAGCCGGUACCGUACAAUGUGGGAGCAUUACUAUCAGGACUGUGACGCCAUAAUUUAUGUGAUUGAUAGCGCCGAUCACCUUCGGUUAGUUGUUGCACAAGAUGAACUGGAACAGAUGCUUCAACACCGUUCGAUAAUCAAAAGAACCAUUCCUAUCUUGUUCCUAGCAAAUAAAAAGGAUUUAGAAGGCUCACGGCCAGAGAGCGAAAUUGCCGAAAUUUUGGAGCUCACCAAAAUUCGUCACAAACCCUGGAAUAUCAUCGCCUGUAAUGGACACACAGGAGAAGGCUUGAAAACCGCAAUAGAGUGGCUGUCUGACCAACUGAGGCAGCAACCUGUCGUUGAGAAGAAGCCAGGUCCAUGCCACGAU